AUGAAAAAGCUGGGGAAUCUUAGAUCACAUCUCAAAAUGUGGAAUUGUGAAGUGUUUGGAAACAUUGAUGAGCAAUUGAAACAAGCUGAGGCUGAACACCAUGACUGGGCUAUUAAGGCUAAAGGUAAGAACUUGCUGGAACAUGAGGUUAAAAAGAUAAAGGAGGUUAGAAGGCUAGUCUGGGAACUGAACAAAAAGGAGUGGUUAUGGAAUCAAAAAUCCAGAUUGACAUGGAUAGCCAAUAAGGACAAAAAUACAAGGUUCUUUCAUAUCUUGGCUAGUAGCAGGCAGAGAAAAAAUUUGCUAGAUUCUGUCAAAGAGAAUGGUGUCAUUUAUGAUCAGCCAGAUGUUAUGAAACAAGCAGUGGUGAGAUAUUUUAGCCAAUUAUUGUCUGAGGAUUGGAAGAUUAGGCCAAAACUGUCAGGUGCAUUUGUCUCAAUUGGUCAUGAAGAAUCAAAUUUGCUAGAGGCAGAGUUUUCAGAUGAGGAAAUUUGGGAAGCAGUCAAUGAUUGUGAUGGUAACAAAGCCCCAGGGUCUGAUGGGUUUAAUUUAUCUUGCAUCCAGAAAUGCUGGAAUAUAAUGAAAAGGGAGGUAGUGCAACUUAUGUCUAAUUUCCAUUCUAAUGGCCUAUUAGUUUGGUGUAUCCUAGAUUGGGUGCUAAUUGCUAAUGAAGUGGUAGAUUGGUGGAAGAGAUCAAAGAAACAAGGCAUCAUCCUUAAACUAGAUUUUGAGAAGGCAUAUGAUUCAGUAAAUUGGGAGUUCUUGUAUUCAAUGUUGACCAACUUUGGUUUUGGAGAGAAAUGGGUGAGGUGGGUGAAAACAUGUAUCUCUACAGCUAGAGUCUCAGUGCCAGUUAAUGGCUCACCCACAACAAAAUUUUCUCCAAUGAAAGGCCUCAGGCAAGGUGACCCACUUUCACCCUUCCUUUUUAACAUUUUUGCAGAGGGCCUUAACUUAUUGACGUCAAGAGCUAAAGAAGUGAGUUUGAUAAGAGGAGAUUCAAUUGGUCCAAAUGAUCUGAGAUUAUCUCACCUUCAGUUUGCAGAUGAUACCAUCAUAUUUUGUGAAGCAGAUUGGGAGGAAAUUAUUGCUAUUAAGUGA